AUGCCAGACUUCAUUCUGUGCGUGGUCAUUAUCUUGCUAGGGCUUUUCAUUUUAACAGUGGUCGGUUAUACGCUACAUGCCGGGCUUUUCACAGACGUUACUGUGCAAACCGGCUGCCCUCCUAUUAAGAAGGUAACUUUUGCCUACAAAUUCAAAGAUGGACUUUACAAAAACUGCGGAGAACUUUUUAAAGAAGCUCUCUGUGUUGGACCAGAGCUCUCGUGUAUUGGAGUAUUUUAUGACGAUCCCCAAAAGGUUUGUGAACCAUGUCGUUAUGCUGCUGGCAGUAUUCUGAGUGAGGGAGAAAAUGAGGUCAAUGAAGAACUUCUGAGGCGCUACAAGGCAUCAGGAUUUAAUGUCUUUUCCUUACCCCAAGUCACACACGUGGUCACUACCUCAUUCCCUCAAAAGACGUUUUUCUCCAACCUCCUCAGAGUGAGAAGAGUCUACCCACGGCUAGAGCACUACAUCAAGGUAUGUAGUGGUUUGUAA